AUGGAAAACCCUUCACAUUCAGACCCAGCAAUUACUCUCCAUUUGUAUAUUCCCCCUUUUACUCAUUGCCAAGCUUUUGAUCAAAGGACUGGACGUAAACAGAAAUGUAAUGUUACCUUCUAUUCAAAAUUUGGAAAUAAAGUGGAUUAUUGUUCAAAUAAUGAAAAUAAUGUGGUUGUUGGAAUUAAUGGGAAUAAUUCUAAUAAUAAUAAUUUUGUUUUGGCAAAAUGA